UUGCAAAAGAUGGUAUCCGGAAGAAGCGAGCUUCUUCGAAGUGCUUUUCUUGCAAAUAUUGGUGAAAAUUAUCAUCCUGACCAGUUGAUUUUUAUAGACGAAGCCGCGAAAGAUGAUCGUAGUUUAAAUAGGCAUUACGGUUAUGCACUUAAAAAU